AUGGUGGACGAGAUUCAAAAGCUGAAGAAAGAUAUUGCUGCAAAUAAUGUGCUGGUGUUCGUCGGCUCGGAUGUAUCAGUUUACACAGCAAAUGGCGAUGAAAAUGUUUGUUUUUGGAAAGGAUUAUUAAAACAAGGACUUCGACAAUGUUACCUCUUGAAUGAAAUCGAUGACGCAAAUUUUCAGGAUAUGAUGAGCAAGUUGGACGCUAACAUAACAAAACUGAAUGAUUAUUUAAGUAUUGCUGAUCAAAUCAAACAUUGGUUUAGUAAGCAUCCUAAUGCGUAUGAAGAAUGGUUGAUAAACACGCUCGGAGAAUUACACCCACAAAAGCCUGACAUGAUGAAGGCUAUCGCGGAAUUAAACUGCCCGAUCUUAACAACAAAUUAUGACUCACUUCUGGGAGAUUUGCUCAACAAAGGUACGUUAACAUGGAGUCGAUAUCAAUACGAAGAUCCAUCGAUAGACAUAAAAGACUUCAUUCUACACGUACAUGGUAGUUUUCGACAUACAGACACGGUGGUCUUUAACAGUGAUGAUUAUAACAAACUUCAUGAGAAUAAGUUUGCCAAAGUAAAACUAAAAACACUUACUCAAGGUAAAACUUUACUAUUCAUUGGAUAUGGAACCGGUAUACUCGAUCCAAGUUUCUGUAAACUUCUGCAAUGGAUAUCUGAUAUCACAGCACCACAUUGUCCCACUAUCUACAAACUCGUACGAUCGAAUAUUAAAUAUUCCGUCUUAGAAAAUAUCAUCGAAAUUCCUUACGGUAAUACAUUUGAUGAUCUGAUUCUAUUUACUAAAAAUCUCUCGUCGUUUUCGACAUUUCGACGAGAGAACUUGCCAUUUGCUAGUCGCCAAGAACUCGUUCGUCAGAAAUAUUUGAACUAUAUGAUUCAAGAGUACGGACAUGUCUCGAUCUUUGGCUCUGCGAAUAACGAUAUUUCUCUUCCGUUAGAAAGUGUGUACGUUGAAUUGAAAUUUGAUCCAACACAUCCAUCGAUAAAAGCAAUGAAAGCGUUGGAUAUGAACGAAGAAUUCAAACGAAAGGUUUUAUCCAACGGAUUUUUUACCUCGAAUGAAAAAAGCAAAUUAAUUCAAGCGAUUUUUGAACGACAUUCGUUCAAUCCGGAGACCAUCUAUCGAGAUCUCAUGGUCGAUCAAUGGCUAGACGUUCUACUCAACAAUCGAGAAAUCUUUUCUUUAGAUGAAGCGAGUGUUAUCAAGGGUAAAAUCUCACGUUUGAAACGAGAAAUUCUUGGAAACAACAAUCUCACCGAAGCAAAACAAUAUCAAAUUCAACAAGCAUACAACGAAUUCAAGCAUUUCAUUGUUUUAGGUCAUCCAGGUUCAGGAAAAACCACAAUAUCCAAAUGGUUGGUGAUAAACAUGGCUCAACAAUGUUUAGGAAAGACAAAUAAGCUUUUCAACAAGAAUGACCAUCGCAUGAAGGAGAAAAUACCGAUACUAAUUCCCAUAUGGAAAUAUGUUGAUCAGAUAAAAGACAAUUCCAAACAACAAAAACGAAGUUUACUUCAAUUUCUACAAGAAAACAGCACGAUGAACUCGUUGUUGUUUACCAAAGAAGAACGAGAAGAUCUUUCAUUGCUGAUGACUGAAUAUAUAUUACAUGGAAACGUUCUGAUUAUCUUCGAAGGGCUAGAUGAAGUUCCGGCUCAUGUUGACCGAAGCGAUUUGAUGAAAGAGAUCAACAUGCUAUUAGAACGAAGUAUUGACUACGACGUAAAAUCUGGAAAAUUGAUUUAUUCACUUCAUGAACAAAAGGAAAUCAACAACACUAAAGAUCCAACCAUUGGGAAUCGUGUGAUUAUUACCAGUCGAAUUGAAGGGAACUAUUUCGAAGAGAUUAACUUCUACAUUCCAAGAUUAACCAUUCAAGACAUGUCGAAUGAAGCGUUGAAAAUGUUUUGUAGUUCGUAUACGAAAUGUAUCCGAGGAGAAGCCAUCGAUGAAUCAUUAGCCAGUCAAUUGUAUACGGAUAUCACAGAGAAUAAAGAUAUUUUUCAACUGGCAAUUAAUCCGCAGUUAGCGAGUGUAAUUGCUGCAGUGUAUAAUCAAUACGAUGAUAAACUACCGGAGAAGCGAAUCGAUUUGUAUGACAAAGCAAUUGAGAAAAUGAUCGAACGAUUGGUCACUUCUUCACUUCAUCAAGAUCUUCGAUUAACUGUGACUAUGCUAUGGACAAUAUUGCAAGAUAUCGCGGACUAUCUUCACAGUCGAGUUGAUGGUUUGUCGGAGAAUAGUUUGAGAGAUAUUAUUCAGAAACAAAAGGUUUUCAAUGAUGCGGAGGACUCCACGUCAAAACUUGUCGACAUAUUCAAAUAUAAAGUUGGUUUGUUGAAUGAAUUUGGGUAUAACAGUUUUCGGUUCAUCCAUCGAACAUUUCAAGAAUAUCUCGCCGCGAAAAAUAUUGUCUAUUCCAAUGGCAUCCAGCGAUCGGAAGAUGUCAUCUUCCAGACGAUUCGAAACAAAAUCGAUGUUCCCAAUUGGCGAGUUCCUCUUCACAUGACAUUCGGAAUCCUAAGUAAAUAUCAUCGGGAGAAUGGAUUAUUCGAUAGAAUUCUUACAAGACUAUUAGCACACGAACAAACCUCAUCAGUCUCAGCAUUGAUCGUUCCAUUUGUUAUAAUCGAUUCGUUGAGUGAUAUCUAUUUUCCAUCGACAUGCAGUCAACGUCAAAUGAUUCGCGUAUUGGCUGAUAUGUUAUUAUCGGAUUACAAAGAUCUAUCAGGCUUCUCAAGAUUAAAAGAGCAUCAAGAAUUAAUUCACUUCUAUUUCUCGAAACUGAACAAAAUAUCGAUCCUAACAAUGAUCGGAUGGUUCAACGAAAAACUUCACGACAAACAACAUUUAGCACCAUGUGCGAAUAUAAUCCAUCAAUUGAAAUGGUAUUGCCCGAAAUUUCAUGAGACAUUUCUACAAAAUCUACACUACGACUCACAUGUUUGGAAUUGGCCGAUCGAUGCACUUUUACGAUAUUAUUCUACUGAAGUCAAAGAUUCAGCGGUGACAAGUCAAUUGAUAGUUAAACAUAAAUUUCUCACGAACGUUGACUUGCUAAACUUUGUCAAAGCUGAUUCGGAGUGGCUAUGUUUGAUAAUUGCACUUUACGGUGGACACAAGAAUCACAAUGUUGCAUCAACAAUCGCAGAGCUUAAUCGAUUGGGUUUAUUCCUUUGUUUAAGUGGCAGUGAAAGAGCACCGUUUCUGUUUUACUUUCAAAAUAUUUGGGGUGUAGAAGAUCCGGCCUACAAUAUGGCUGUACAUGCUGAUAAGAUAGAAAAUGACAAUCAUUGGUAUGAUUUGCCAACAAUUAGUACAGAUGAUAUUUAUAAAGAAUCGUUUCAUACAACAAAAAUUUGCGAAUUACUGGCGAAACAACGACCUAAGAGCGACUUAGUGAAUGAAUUUCGACAACAGAUUGAUACUCAGCAGUGUUGUCUUGGUUCGAAAAUCGAAGCAUUUCUAGUAUUGAUCGUGUUAGAAGACUUCGAUUUUGUCAAAAUGACAAUCAAGAACGAAGAUGACGUAUUUAUCAAACAUUUGGUUGGUAGAUUGGAGCAGACUAUCUCUGUCCUGAAGGAUCCCAUCGCCAGAUCAUCAUCGUACAUGAUACCACAUCUUCUCAACACUUAUAAUCAUGUAAAAACAAACACUCGUGGCUGUGAUUUGAAAUUUGCUGAUUAUUGCACGAUCCAUUUAUCUUCAGUUGCUAAUAGUGGCGGAUUACCAUUAGAUACGAGUGCAUUAGCUGAUACCGUAGAAGAUCUCAAUGAUAAAUAUGCUCUAUACGCCGAAUACUUCGCUUUCAAAUUGACGGACAGUUUUCGCGGUCAAAUGGAGCAUGAUGUUAGAAAAUGUUUAGAUACAUGUAUGAAAUCAAUGAACAGCGAUGUACUUAUUCAAUCGUUUUUAAAAAUCAAUGACGCAGUUCAGAUUUACAAGCCACUUCGAGAAUACUCAUGGCCAAUGGAUAUGUUUUCUUUUCGACUGAUUCAAACAGAUGAUAUUCCAAUUGCAUUCUUCAACUGUCUGGAAAACAUGCAUCCGAACCUGACCAUCGCUCUCGAAACUAUCUGUGACAUUUUCAUCCGUGAUGGAUAUUUCGUUCGCAACCCGGAACUGAUUCCAUCGAUUAUCCUACUAGUCUUCGGAGUUAUCUCAAAAGACUUAAAUAUCACGAACAUCUAUGCGAAAUUACUUGUUGAUGUAACAGAUGAGGUGAACAUAAAAGAAUUCCUCAUGGCAAGGAUCUCAUCAAUGUCUAAUCCAUACUAUAAAGCAAGAGCAUUAUAUCAAUUUGCGCAGUAUGAUGAUGAACGAAAUCUGGAACUUCUCAGUGAAGCGUUCGAUCAAACCAAAAUUAUUGCAGAGGCAAGCUUGCGGUUUCAAGUUUUAGAAAAAAUAUAUGCAGUCCUACAAGUCAAACAAACAAAUCAAAAUGCAUUCACUCAAACGAUCAUUCGAGAAUUGGUUUCCACAUGGAAUCAGAUCGAGCAUCUUCAUGAUCGCACGAUCGCAUCAAUCCGAUUAGCGUUUUACGGAUCAGGUGACUUUCGCAAAAAAUAUUUAACACACGCGUUGGAAUUUUUGAGUCACAUGGAUGAAAAUAGAGAUAAAAUCAGACUUCUCGUCAAGUUAAAACCCCUUAUGUCUAUCUACACUGAUCUUCACGACACGUUAAACUUGAUCAUUAACAAUCUUCAGAGUGAAACACACAGAAACUUUGUCCAUGGACUCUACGGGAAAAUUCUAUGUACUCAAAAGUACAAGGAUCUUUCCACCAACAAUCAAUUGGAAUGUCUAUUUCGACUCUUUACAAACUUGAAUGAUGCAAAAAUGAUGAUUGGGGAAGAUGAAAGCUUGACUCGUCUUUGGAUAAACCUCUAUCGAGAUGUCGACAAUCAGUCGCACCUUGAAAAACUAUUGAAAAUUGGUUUAGUAGAUGAAUUGUUUCUCACUCCGCAGGUCGCCGUUAUUAUAGAUGAAUUAAUUCAACAAGGAAGAGGAGAUGCCAUCUCGGUUUUAUAUCCGUAUAUCAUCAAACCAUCGAAUGAAGUUCUGCCAAUCGUGCAACGAUGGUUUACUGAUUAUCACGACAAGAAAAUCAACAAAUUAGCUGCUCUGUUGCUGGCAGAAAGCAAAUACAUUUUCGAAUCAGCAAUCGAUACGAUCGUGGAUUUGUUCAAAAUAGAUAAUGACCAGAUGAGAUAUCGAGCCCAACGAGUCUUCCAACAUCCCGAACGAGAUCCGACGACACCAAGUAAAAGAAUCUCUGUCUUAGGAGAAAGAACAGUAUUGAAAAUUCUACAGACUGCAUCCAUGGAGCAUCUUCCGCGUGUUAAAAUUUAUCUGCGCAGCUUUUUCUCAGAUGUUCUCUGGGAUGAUCCGGAGAUCUUCGAAAAUUUGCAGAAAAGUGUAGCGAAAUUGAAAGAAGAAAAACCCGUGAGGCCAGGAAGAAUGUGGUUCUUUCAUCGAAUAAAAUUCAUCAAUCAACAAACUUGGAAUGCUCUGAUAAACUCAGCUCAACUAUCAACAGAUGCUUCUUAUAUAGAAGAAUUACUCCAUUCAGUGAUGAAUUUAACGAUCAAUGGAAGAAUUCGACAGGAUCAAUGGCAACAAUUCGCCGUUGUAUUGGCCACUGUAGAUACAACACGAUUUAGUGAGAAAGUAUAUCUUACCAGGCGAGAAUUGCAGGUAAUCGACUUUAUUCUGGAGGAAAUUUGUGUUUCAGCCGAUUUGAAUGAUGAAUUUUAUUUUAUGAAUCUUGAAUCGAAACUAAUCGAUCAAUGUACAACGCAAGUGGAAAAUUUCCAUCGAACUACUUACGAUCGAAUGCAAGAUAUCAGUUUUUGUAAUUUUCGUGUUUCCGUCAUGGAAUUGAACAGAGAAAUACUACAGCGAAUCGAGAACAUUCAUAUUACUCUAGCAAUUCUGGAGAAUUUAAUACAAUGGUUAAUACAAAAACUGUUCAUGUUCGACGAAUGUGAUGAUUCAAUAUAUUCAUUAAUGAUUACUGAUAAUUUACUAAGUUUAGUAGCAGCAUGUGUGCAAAAAGAAGACUAUCUGUAUCGGAAAAUCACGAAUAAUCAAAAAUUUGAUAAAUUCCAAAUGAUCAAACUUCUAGUGAAGACGAUUCAUCACCAUCCGUACUUCCCCGCACGUGGAAGCGCUUUUAUUUUACUUGCAGCAAUCGAUUUACCAGAUCAUCGGAUCAUUAUCGAUGUUUUGAGCGCACUAUUCGACGAAAAUCUUGUCAAAGAAUAUACAACUAUUGGAAUGCCGCUAAUACAUCUGUCCUCGAACGAAUUUGUCGACGACUUGUUGAAAUCUUUAACAAAUGAAAGUGCAAUUAAAGUUUAUGAAACGUUAAAAAUCAUCACACAAUUCGUUCUCGACGAGAAACUCGACGCGCAUACGAAAUCGAAAAUUGUUCAGUAUUUAGCUCACGAGAUUGGAGAAUUCAAAUCGAAGAAAGUCGUCAGCUAUUAUUACACAGAUGUAAGCAUUCCAUUCACAACAACGUUGGAAAAUGAAUUAUAUAAAACAUGGACGAAAAUACAAGGACUUUCGGGUAAAACACAAUAUGCCAUGACAACUAAUCAAUAA